ACUCAAAAGCUUUCUUUUUCUGUUCGAGUUUAGUCAUCGUGAAGGUGUCACGGGAAGAGCUGCACCAGCAUGUAGCACUCCGCGCGAACCAUGAGUGCGUUCAAGUUCUCCAAGUUGGAUUGUUUCCUCACUUACGUGGGCCUGACAUUUCUCUUGUCGGACAUUGGGCUGGACAUAUGGACUGCGGUGUCGCUCUACCAGGAAGAGGAUUAUGUCUAUCUCGGCAUCCUGAUAUUCGCCCUCUUGGGCUCGUCGAUGCUUUCUCAAGCCUACAGCUGGCUGUGGUAUACUUAUGACGACUUUGUGCGGGUGACAAAGGUUGAGAGGUGUCUCAGUCUGAGGCAGCUGAAGGCCAUGCAUUUUUUGCAGCUGGGGGUCUACUUCAGGCAUGCCGGUGUUGUGGAGAUCACAUCGUGCGGAUGCAUUGCAAAAACCCAAGACCCAGUUGACGCCGCGGUGUUCCUGACUCACGAUCUCAGCAUGCUGCGGCUCAUUGAGGCUUUUUCAGAGAGUGCGCCGCAACUGGUCCUCAUGCUCACCAUCAUGCUGCAGCGGGGCCAACUGGAUCCUCUGACAGUCUUGAAAGCCUUGGGCUCGACUUCAGCCAUUGCCUUCAGCGUGACGACGUACCAACGCUCCCUUCGCUCCUUCCUGCCCGACAAAGAAGAACAAGGCAUCGGCUCGUCGCUCAUUUACUUCAUCUGGAACCUCCUUCUCAUCUUCUCCCGGCUGGCGGCCAUCGCCCUCUUUGCCUCCAUCCUGCCCUGCUUUGUCUUCACCCACUUCAUUUGCUCCUGGAUGCUUCUCUUCUUCUGCGCCUGGCGCUCCAAGACGUCGUUCAUGGACAGCCCAGGUGGUGAGUGGCUCUACCAGGCCACUGUGGCCCUCAUUUGGUAUUUUGACUGGUUUAACGUGGUGGAUGACAGGACUAGAUACAAGACGACGUUGUAUCACGGCUUCAUUCUUCUUGAUAUUUCCCUUAUAUGUGGCUUGUGGUGCUGGAGGAUGCAAACACAAUCCGCUUCUUUUAAAGUCCCCCUCCUGUAUGCCUGCAUCAUUGCCUUCAGUGUGGUUGCAUUUUACAUAUUUGGCCUGAUACUUAAAAUAAUCUAUUACAAGUGUUUUCAUCCGAACCUCACAAAAAAGGAGCUGAGGGGAGAUUCCACAAGCGCUUCAGAGAAGGCGGUCAUGUUCUCAGCCAGUAGUGUAGUGGUGGAGGACAGCGUUCACCACAUUAGCGAUCGAAGGUAUACAAUUGAAGAUGGAGUGGACGGCGCCGUGUCACACGCUGACACCAGAUUUUCCAAUAAAAGAAUGAGGAAGCUGGCUGAGAAUUUCUACACAUGACACAAGCAUUUGACAUGCACAUGGAUGACAGACACACAGAUGGACUGCAUGUCACGAGGGAGCAGUUCUCCAAAUCUCUACGAGGAGCAAUUGGCCCUUCAACGGACUGUUAAGAAUGUCAUUGUUAUCCUCCAUAUUUAAAAGACUGUUGUCGACCACACUUUUAUCUAAAAGGCACAGUAUUCAAAGGGUAAAACCUGACUGUUUGAAAAUGAAGGGAAACUACAGUUGUUGAAUGCAUUACUUGGUCACGUGCACAAUUGAAUGUCAUCCAAUAAAUCUGCCAACACAAAGAUAAUGCUCACUUUGGGUUGGCACAGCCGAGAUAAAAAUACUUUAAUAAUGUGAUUAUCGUUGUAGUUUACAGUGUGAACUUGGGGCGGACGAUCAAUCGACAUUUAAUUAUGAUCUCGACUUCUGUCAAUCUGUAAAGCCUUCUCAUCGAAGACAAACGAUUAUUGGACAAAACGGCGGAGUGCGUUUACAAGUUCCCGACGUUAUGUAAGUGCCCUGAAUACACCAUGUUGCUUGAUUGGCAAGCGUUUAAGCGUGUGACUCUGCUGUCUAUAAGCGUCCUUAAGGCAGUUUAUUGAUACAGUAGUUGGAGUUUAGAUUACAAUUUAACACACAAGAGGAAUUAGACCAUUGUACAUUUAAAUUCAAAAUAUUUUUCGUAUUUGAAACAUCGCAAGCUCAAAUGCUAAAGUCAAUACAGGAUUCCAUUCAAAUGCUAACAGGAAAUUAGCAUCGCCUUUGGGAGUGACAGUCCUUCAAAAACGAAUAUUCACCCCCAAACGCUGUGGAAACACAGCCACACAGGUAAGAUCACAAAUUCACUACUCUGAUCACAAAUUCUUCCUAAUUUGUGACAAAAUGAGUUAUAGUAACUGAGUUUAAUCUUGGGUUGCCACCUUUCAGAUCUGGAAAUAAGGGACAAUCCUCAUGGUGGCUCGCCAAAACCACGCGGGCAAAAGAAAUUUAAAGGUUUGUCUCCCCAAAACCCUGAAAUGCAAAAAAUCGUAUAUAUUUUUAUAUGGAAAGAAAUGUUUUUAUUUAACUGACAUUAUUUAACAUGUUACGUUAGCCUCUGGGCCCAGAGUUCACUUGGUCGUCAAGAAAGCAUUGAGAUGAAAGUGUUUAAUUAGCAAUGAACAUUGUAUUUUUCCCCUUAUAGACUGAAGUAGCCUGAACCCGAGUAUAGCCUGUAGGCUAUUAAAAAGUGUUACAAACGAAGCAAAACCUGUUCUUUAUUUUGUUCAUUAUUAUGAAAUUCAGUGUUCACGUGAGUGUGUGACAGACGCAUGGGACAAUUAGAAAAAUACGGAACAAAACGCGCAACAUGAUUCGUAUUUUACGGAACGGGUGACAACCUGAGUUUAAUCGCAACUUUCUUUUGUUCUCAUUCUACGUGUGUAGUCCAUCCAUGCACGGUACCGCACUGCCCCCAAGAGGCCAAAACGAGCAUGAACAGCCGGGAAUUGUUCAGUUGCUAUCACAGUAUUUUGUAUGUAUUUACCUUACUACCUUAUUCAUUAAUUGUAUUUAUAGCUAUUUAUACUUGUAGUUUCAUCGAAAGUUGAGCUUUCAAAGAUUCAAGGGAUUAUCCUCUCCUCAAAAUUCAAGCAUACAAAGUUUACAGUUACUGUUGUUGUCGUUGUACCAACACAUAUUUCUAAUUUCUUCAUGACAUGGUAUGAAAUAUAAUCUCCCAGCUCCCAGGUUAGCCCCACUCAGUCCCAAGACUUGUGAAAGCAAUGCAAGGUAAAAUAAAUGUGUCCGCAAAGAUGCAAGGAAACAGUUCAGUUUUACACAGAAAGCUACAAUAAUAAACGGUUUCCUUCUCACAAUGUCAAUCCAAACCGAGAAUUAUAUUUCUAAAAUCAUUUUUUUGAUUCAGCUCUUGAAUUGGAUGUAAUUAAAUUGUGUAAGCAUGUUUAAUGGUGUCUCAAACAAAAAGCACAGCAAUAAAAGGCUGCAAUUAGUUUCCCAUUCACUCAUUGUAUCAAACCAUCAGGGCUUUACCAUGAGAAUAACUUCAAUCACAGAUAAUGUCACUUUAUGAACAAUACAUCAAUAUAAUAAAAGCCACGUGUGUGCCUAUAACAUGCACUAUUAUAUUAAAAUGACUGUUCGAAUACGUGAAGUAUGUUAAACGCGAUUGCAUUAUUUAUGAAUGCAAAAAAAAUAAAAUUUGUUUUUUGUAUUUUACUCGUGUAACUCUAAAUAUGGAAAAUAUGGAAAGACACUGCUCAGGGUAUUUACAAUAUACUGACUUUAUCAGAUAAACAGGAAAUUCUUACAGCGAUGUGUUGAGGUCCUAAACAGCUACUGUGGUCUAAAUUCCUGGCCAUGAGAUGAUUUAAAAAAAGCAAACAUUACAAAAAAUAACUGACUAACAUUGUACUUAUAACAUUGCAUCCCCAUUGUUUACUUUAAAACAGACAUGAUAUGCAUGCAGGGUCACUACAGAACAGAAUUGUUUCAUGUACCAAAAAUGGUAGCGCCAUUCCGUCAGUUGAGCGUGAAAGUGAACCAAAACUAUUCAAUUGCUUUGUUCAACUUACUUUUUACCACUUAUACCACAGUAAUCUGAGCCAGUAAUAGCAUUUAGUUAUUGAUUGUCUCCAAGUCAGUAUGAUGUGAUAGCAACUAAUAAAUGCAAACGAUUCUAUUCAACAGUAAUACAGAGCACACGGGAUUCAGGGGGGAAAAAAUGAAUACAUUUAAAAAAAAAGGGCUCGUCAAUGCCACACGAGGUUGCUGACAUCUAAACCGAGAGAAAAAUGCCAAUUCGAAAGAAUUUCCACAAAACGUAAUGAAUUCGGGUGAAACAAAACCGCAUUAAAAGAGGAGAAAUAACACUUAGGAUAACAAUAUAUUUUUACGAGGACUAAACCAAAACAUACGUAUUUCCCUUUGAGAUUAUGCAUACAGAUAGAUAAAGGCACAAUAUAAAUAUGCAAAACAACCAAACAAAUGCACACAAAUACACAUUCUUAACGCGAGUGAGUAAAGACCAAAACCUUCAGGCUCAGAAUUGUUCAGUCAUCGUGGUGUGUGGACACAAAGUUGACCCUGCCCCCUUACUUUCGAAACUAUCGUUAAUGAGCAAUGGAAAGAUGUAUUGCACAGUCGCUAUCUCAUUUGUACCGUUUCAGUUUGCAUGACGAUGUCAAGCUUAUCAAGCUUGCUUUCAUCCUCCAUUUUACCACAAGUCCAAAUCCGUCCACUUAACUGACAUAAACAACUCCCACCCAGGAUUGCUCAACUAAUGAAUUUAGUUUUUGGUUGAUAUUUGGUUUCGACAUUCAAUUGCAUGAAUUAAGCACUUUCAGAGGCUCAAUUUGACUCACGAGCUACUCAGGAGUUGAUUUGCCAAAUUGCACCAAAUAUUUCUCUGCUACAUGUGGACAUGAGGAUAAAAUGGCCUGUCAUUUCUAAAAAGAUGAAAGAGGGGACCACCUACUCGGUGUUUGUGAGAGCGGAGUCAGGUUUAGUACAAAAAAACCCCCAAAAUGUGACUUAGAUAAUUAUUUACAAGGGUCACAUUCUUAUCUACUUGUUUAAACAAAAAAGGCCAAUAAAUCCUUUAAUUUAAUACCAUGUUCCAUAUGUGAACACUCUUGAAGGACACUUGGGCUUGUGCUAUGAGAAAGCCAAAGGGCCAACAGUUGAGUAUUUGAUGAUGGUUAUAAUUGCAGGAAAAUUAAAGCCCCCCCCCCCCAUCUCUCAAAGCAUAAAGUGAACACAUUUCAGCUCAUCUGAAAACUCCAGAUGCAUAAUUUCCACAGGGUCAAAACCUUGUCGUUGUAACUAAUACUACUUUGAAUUGGUUCUCGCCUCUUAUUACAACAUGCUGCAGAGUUACGUGAGGCUACGCAUGUAGCGAGACAGGGACACUUCCUGAUGACAGUUCCUCACUUCAAAUAUUGCAGUGACGAGACGGCAGGCAAACAAAUAAGGAAACAAAUGAUCAAGAACAGUGAACCCCUGCAUCGUCGCGCUUCGGCACUCCCGAACUAUGUUGACGUAGAAGAAGAGUUUCAUUUCAACAAAAAUACAGUCAUACCUCGGUUUUCGACCAUAAUGCGUUCCAGAAGGCUGUUCGAAAAC